AUGACGGAGAUGUGGGCCCCAAUGUCCGGGCAUCCAGAUAAAAUGAAGUGGUACCUGUCAACGGGGAAGUCCCUCAGUGUAGUGGUUCGAGUUGAGGAUGGCGUGUUUCGAGUUUGGGAGAUGGUGUGUGGGGAUAAUUAUUAUUGGAGGGAAUGGGAACAUCAGAUUGUGUUGGGAAGUGAAAUUCAAUAUCCGUCUAGUAGUAUUUAUCCGGUCGGUUGGUUGCAGCACAUGGAGGUGUUGGUGUUUGAAGGAUGGUCCAAAAACAGGGCUUUCGAUGUUUUCUACAUGGUUAUUGCUACUGGGGAAAUAGGAUGGAUUGCCCCCGUAUCAUCAAGUGAGGAGAAAGGGGAAUCUUAUACAAGUAUUGGUCCAUUUUUACCUCACAAGAACACCCUUGUGCAGUUGGAGGGUUACUAUUAA